GUUUUCUAUCAAUUCGCUCAUCAUGCCGUUCUGGGACAAGAACGAGAAGACGAGCGAUGUCAUCUCGCAAGCACCAUCCGACCCGGCUUUCUAUCGUAGCGAGUCUCAUGCCGAGGGUGUCGUUCACAGCAGUACCGAUCACCUUCAGCGCCGUCUGGGUAACAGACAGAUUCAAUUGAUCGCUAUCGGAGGUUCCAUCGGUACGGCUUUGUUCGUAUCCAUCGGUGGUGGUCUCGAAAAAGGUGGACCCGCAUCGCUCUUCCUGGCCUAUACCAUCUAUUCGUGCUUCCUUGGGUAUGGCCCAGAUUCAUUGUUUCCAUUGGCUAUGACGAUCCUCUAUCCAGUAGAGGGCGGUUUCAUUCGUCUUGCUGGCAAGUUUGUGGACGAAGCCUUUGGUUUUAUGGCCGGCUGGAACUUCUUUCUUUAUGAAGCCCUUCUUAUUCCAUUUGAGAUUACCGCUUUGACUACCGUGCUCGGAUUUUGGUCGGAUAACGUGCCUCCGUGGUCGGUGCCGAUCGCGUGUAUCGUCGGUGGAUUCCAGCUGACAUGUUCCUCUAGUCUCCUUAACGUCCUGGCUGUAAAAGCCUACGGUGAAGCUGAGUUCUGGCUGUCUGGCGGAAAGGUCAUCCUAAUUUUCUUGCUCUUCUCCUUUACAUUCGUCACCAUGGUCGGUGGAAACCCUUCACACGACGCCUACGGAUUUAGAAACUGGAAGCAUGGCGAAGCAUUCCAAGAGUACAGAUCCAAAGGUUCUCUCGGCCAGUUCGAAGGAUUCCUUGCUGCUCUCUGGUCUGCAUCUUUCUGUGUCGUCGGACCAGAGUACAUCUCCAUGGUCUCCGCCGAAGCCAAGCGCCCUCGUAUCUACAUCAAGACCGCAUUCAAGACCGUCUACUACCGUUUCGGUAUCUUCUUUAUUGGGGGAGCUCUCGCUGCUGGUAUCGUUGUUGCUUCCAAGGACCCCGAGCUUGUCGCCAUUGUCACUGGAACUAAGUCUGGAGGUGGUACUGCUGCUGCAUCGCCAUAUGUCAUCGCCAUGAAGAACAUGGCAAUUACUGGACUCCCCGACUUGGUCAAUGCACUAUUGGUCACCUCAAUUUUCUCCGCUGGUAACACCUACACCUACUGCGCCACUCGCUCUCUUCACGGUAUGGCUGUCGAAGGCCGCGCUCCCGGAAUCUUCAAAAAGACCACCAAGAAUGGUGUCCCGGUUUACUGUUUUGCUUUCGUCAUGCUGUUCCCUUGCUUGUCCUUCCUCCAGGUUAGCAGUGGCUCGAACAAGGUUUUGACAUGGUUGGUCAACCUGAUCACUGCAGGUGGCAUUAUCAACUACAUUGUUAUGACUGUCACCUACAUCUUCUUCUGGCGUGCUAUGAAGGCCCAGGGCGUUGACAGAAAGCUGCUGCCAUACUGUGGUUGGUUCCAACCUUACUCCGCCUAUAUCGGACUUGCCUGGAUGAUUAUGAUUGUCACCUGCUACGGAUACACCAGCUUCGCACCGUGGUCUACUGACAAUUUUUUCAUCUACUACACUAUUUAUGCCUCCCAAAUUCAAGUUUGUUGGGUUUUGUUGGCACCCGUGCUGUUUAUAUUCUGGAAGGUCUUGAAGAGGACCAAGCUUCAAAAGCCCAUGACUACCGACCUCGUCUGGGAGCGUCCUGCCAUCGAUGCCUACGAGGCUACCUUCCUCGACCCUCCCAACAGCUUUUGGAACGAAAUGCUUGGCCCUCUCAGAAGAAACAAGGGCAGCGAUCGCCAGUACAGCGACUCUGGCAACCACUCCGGUAUGGAA